AUGGAAAGUGAUGUGGGCGCGCAGGUCUCCUCUCCCAUUUUUAUCCACCAGGGACUUUCUGGGGGAUUCCAUGAGGUGAAUUCCUUGGCCAGGAAGAGGGACUUGACAUGGCAGGGCGGCAAUUUCCUCUACAAUCAUCACCAACAGAAGAACCAGCAGCGAAUGAUCGGCUCUGCCUACCCAAAUACCCCUGGUAAUUGGAACCCAAAGUCGUGGGACUGGGACAGCGCAAGAUUCGUCGCCAGGCCUGCUUCCAGUGUCUCUGGUGGGGCUCUCCUUGGAACCCCUUCACCAGUGGCAGAGAGGGAGGAGAAGGGGACAAGGGAGGAAAGCUUGACGAGCCUAGGUUUGGCCAAGGUCUCAGAAGUGGCGGGCGAGAGCCUCACCUUGAAGCUCGGUGGAGGUUCUCACCCAGUAGAAGAAGCAGGGGGGAGAUCAGGCAAACGUGUCCGCUCUGGAUCUCCAGGCAACGGUGGCAACUACCCCAUGUGCCAGGUCGAUGACUGCAAAGCAGAUCUGUCGAGCGCUAAAGAUUACCACAGGAGGCAUAAGGUCUGCGAGAUCCAUAGCAAGACCACCAAGGCCAUGGUAGGGAGUCAGAUGCAAAGGUUCUGUCAGCAGUGUAGCAGGUCAGCGCUAUUUCUCCGCAACCCCUUUCCAGUUUUUUCUCAAGAGGCCGUCAUCCUGCAAAAAAAAUCUGUGCAAUAUUGAUACAUUCACUUUAUUCUUUUCCGUGGGAUAUUAUCGAUUGUGCAUACUCUGUGCUCGAACUUCAAUGGAAUGAUAGAGUCUACGUCUAAAUGCUUUUGGAUAUAUCUGUGACCUGAAUUCCUUCAGAUUCCACUCGCUGGGGGAGUUUGAUGAGGGGAAAAGAAGCUGUAGGCGGAGAUUGGCAGGACAUAAUCGGCGAAGAAGGAAGACACAACCCAAGGACAUUUCCUCUCCACUCGUGUAUCCUGCUAUUCAAGGGAGCUAUGGAGGUGGGAAUUUGAAUAUUGUGGAUCUGUUAACCAUUUUGACCCGUCUCCAAGGUGAGAUGCCCUCCUCAAUCAUUCAUCUCCGGCUCAUAUGCUCCUUUUGAGUUCUAUUGCCAUUAAUUGUUGGGUCCUCGUUGGCAGAUCAUGGAGCGGACAAGGCUGGCAGCAGUUCUUUACCAAAUAAGGAUAGAAUCAUACAAGCCCUCGGUGAUAUUGAAUCGUUGCCUGACUUAAAUUCCUCAGCCAAACUGCCUGCAUGUGGUACCCUUGAUCUCAAUGUUUCACAGACCUCUCAAUUCUCUUUGGAGGAGCCCGCCAAAGCAUACGGAAAGUCUUCUGCACCGCCAACCAUGGAUUUAUUGGCUGCUCUUUCUUCUGCAUCAAGAGCUCAUGGGUGUCCUGCGGUUGCUCCCUUGUCUGGUGAGAGCAGCGAGAGUAGUGACGAUUGUAAAAGAAAAGUGAACUUUCAGGAGCCUGUUACAGACAUGGAUUCACAGACUAAAUCGUCAUCAUUUCCUCCAUUUUUUGUCCAAAGUGUUACUCUUCCGUCAUCUCCAGAAAUAUCAGAACAUUCAGUUGAGGAAAAUACUCCUGGUUUGCAGUUACAGCUUUUUAGUGCCUCCGAGGGUGCCAGUCCUCCUAAGACGAGUUCUUCCAGUAAAGAUCAAUCCACUGAGAAUAGCAGCCCCACAGAUGACAGAUCUCCUUUGUCCUCUCCCAUGUUGCAGAGAUUGUUUCCUCUGCAGUCAGAGGUUGAAGCCUUGAAACCAGAAUGCAUAGCUAUCUCAAGGGAUGGCAACGGUGUGAUGCAGACUGGCAGUGGGAAAAGUUCACUUUUAGAGCUUUCUAGAACUUCUGAGAGAAUAGUUGUAAACAGUACUAUUUCAAACCUUCAAUAUCGGUCUGAUUACACAUCUUCUUCUGGUUCUGAUCACUCGCCAUCUAGUUCUGAUUCUGACAAUCAGGUAAUUUUCAGUUCCUCAAGGAUUGUCUUAUACCCUUAUUUUCUUUAUUUGUUUGUACCUAAAGGACAUUUUGUUUGCAGGACCGCACUGGACGAAUUAUCAUUAAGCUUUUUGGCAAAGAUCCUAGCAGCUUCCCAGGAACCCUUCGCACACAGGUGAGGGAAAGUGUUUUCUUUUCUUGUUGUCAUUUAAGGAAGAAUAGAAUGCUACCCCCUCAGAGAACAGUUCAAGCAAUUUGAUUUACCGUGGGCUCUUUGUCUCAGAUAUUAUCCUGGCUUUCCCACAGUCCAUCAGACAUGGAGAGCUACAUUCGACCAGGAUGUGUGGUGUUAUCAAUUUAUCUAUCAAUGUCAUCUCUUGCAUGGGCCAAAGUGAGCAAUUUUUGUGAAUAUUGUUCAGGGAUCCAUCUCUGUUUUUCUUCUAAUUUAGAUGACAUGCUUCUAAUUUUUGCUUUUCCUGAUUCCCUUGAAAAUUUCCUGUGUUGCAGCUCGAAGAAGACCUUGUUCAGCGAGUCAAUUUUCUCAUUCAUUGUACCGAUUCAAAUUUCUGGAGAAACGCAAGAUUUAUGGUUCAUACGGCUAAACAACUCGUCUCUCAUAAGGAUGGUAUAUCCUGAAUGCCUCAACAUGUUUGUCAUUUUUAUUAUUUUCAUCAAUCUCUGUUAAUUUAAACUCUCUAUUUGGCCAUGCCACAUGAUGGCCACCUUAAAAGGAGAUUUUUUCCAUUUUUAUUGCCCCCUUCUGAUGAUUGGAAUAUUAGAUGAGAUAUAACUAGCCGAAACCCAAAGGUAAAUGCUGUUUUGCUCAUUUCAGGGAAAAUCCAUUUGUGCAAAUCUUGGAGAACAUGGAGAGCUCCGGAGAUAAUCUCCAUCUCUCCACUGGCAGUUGUGAGCGGAAAAGAAACCUCCCUUGUUUUGAGAGGUCGAAAUCUGACUGUUCCCGGAACUAAGUGAGUAGCUGGACACUUCUCUCCGAUGAUUCGUCGCCAUUAAUUGUGGAUUUCUUAUGGCCAAUCUCCGUGCGAUGCAGACUUCACUGUACGUUCAUGGGAAACUACACUUCCAAGGAGGUGCCAGAUUCAUCUUACCCUGGCACUUUUUAUGAAGAUUCUAGUGUUGAGACCUUCACUUUCCCUGGUGGAGCUCCAAAUGUCUUUGGCCGUUGCUUUUUAGAGGUCAGCUGCCAUCCCAUUCCCGUCUUAGACUGAUUAUGUUCUUGAUGAUAUAUAGAUAGGAUAUCAUUUUAAUUGCUCCAUCUUUGAUAUUUAAGGUAGAGAAUGCUUUCAAGGGGAACAGUUUUCCAGUUAUAGUUGCAGACGACAAGAUCUGUCAAGAACUUAGACUUCUUGAGCCAGAGCUUGAGGAUGACCUUAGAACCUCCGAGCUGAUGCAAAGGGAUAUGGGUCCUGAUUGUAUGCAGUCCAGAUCAAGGGAACUUGUUCUUCAUUUUCUCAACGAACUCGGGUGGCUGUUCCAGAGAAAGUCCAUCUCAUCCAGCUCUCUCUCCUCGAGUUUUUCAAACUCAAGAUUCAAGUUCCUGUUUAUAUUUUCUGUUGAACGUGACUGGUCAACUUUAGUCAAGAAACUCCUAGACAUUUUUGUCGAGGAGAGAGUCAGAAAGCCGGAGCUUGUUCAGGAAUCUCUGGAGACGCUGUCGGAAAUCCAGCUCUUGCACAGAGCAGUGAAGAGAAAGUGCCGUAAAAUGGUCGAUUUACUCUUACAUUACUCUGUGAGCGAUGAGAUGGGUGCUUCCAAAUUCUAUCUUUUCCCUCCUAACAUGGUGGGUCCCGGAGGUGUCACCCCCCUCCAUUUAGCUGCAUCUAUGGAAGAUUCAGAGGACAUCAUUGAUGGGCUUACUGAUGAUCCACAAGAGGUAAUGCCUAUUCCUGAGUCGUUUGGUAUUUGGUUUUCUCUCUCUAGGAUUUUCACUUUCUCACAGCACAUCUCCCCAUAUCUUGCAUCCGGCAAAAUCCUCUGUUCUUCUCAGAGUUUCUUUUGCUUUGUCUGUGGUUCAAUUUAAAUUCGUUUCUCUCUCAAAAACUCAUAAUUUUCUUCGUCCCGUCUAAUAUUUUCAAUGGAAUCGUCACAGAUUGGGUUGAACUGCUGGAGUUCUUCCGUUGAUGAUGAUGAGCAAUCUCCACAUUCAUAUGCCUUGAUGAGGAACAACCAUUCAUACAAUAAGCUCGUCACCAGGAAGAUUGCAGACCGGAGAAAUGGCCAAUUUUCCAUAACUGUCGAUCCCGAAGAGAUCACCCCUGGAAAACCAGCAUCAUCCAGUGAAACUGUGACGCCCAACCCUUGGUCCUUGCAGAUGAUCUACUCCCAGUGUUCGAUCUUGGAGAUCCGAAGGAUAAAGUCAACCCAGCAGACAACUGGCUUCCGGCUCCCCUACAUCCAUUCCAUUCUCGCCAUUGCGGCAGUCUGUGUCUGCGUCUGUGUCUUCCUCAGGGGAUCCCCGGUGUUUGGAUGUGUCUCUCCUUUCAGGUGGGAGAAUCUGGAGUUUGGGCCAAGCUAG